UACCGCCAUAAAAAAUUGUUGCCUCUUUCGUUAAUUUACCAUCAAGUGCAUUCUUAUCCGCUUGUCCAUUACAAAGUAUCGAUCUCUCCUUCUUCGAAUAGUAAAAAGGAAGUCGUCCUAUAUCUCUUUAAAAGGUUACUCUGGUCGUGCUCACGCUAGGCAAUAUUUUUCGCGCCUAUCGGCGGUGUCGUUGAUACUCCGAAGCGAGACGCUUCGGUGUCACCUGCCUCAUUUGACUAACAAAUGUCAAAGGAAACACCGGCCUUCGUUUCUAAUGGUUAUAGAAAGUCGUCUCCUCGCUAGGACGCGCACAAAAGGCUCGCGAUGCACGUCUGGUUAAAAAAACAUAUUGUCGAGUCGACCUUCGUAAAAAUCAUCGAUCCAUUUAAAAAAUCCUUUCAAUUCUCAUUCCAUCGAAUACUAGUCGAUCGAAAUUUAAGCCAAAUUGAAAUAAAAAUAAUGCGAUGGAGCGGAGCUGCCUGUAUAAAAUAUCGAUCGAGACCGAGAAUAAGAAUCUCUUUUUUUCGAGUGCGAUGGAGGAGGACAAGGACAAGUAGGGAAAUAAAAAGGACAGAUAAGAAGGUGGAGGGAAAAAUCGGGAUGACGAUGGUGCGCCGCCCCUUGCAACGUCAGCCCUGGCUGAAGACCAUCCCACGUAGAGAAUCGGUCGGAGGACUUUCUAGCGAAAGUGAUGGCCGUGGUGGUUGUGCGUGGAAAGGAAAGGAACGCGAAGGGAUGGCAUGGCAUGGCAAGGAAAGGAACGGAAAGGAAAGCCAAGGCAAGGCAAGGCAAGGCAACGCUAGGCAGAGCAGGGCAGGGUAAAGCAAGGAAAGCAGUAGCAGCGGAGCAGUGGGCUGAGGAAGAGGAGAGAGAAUGCGUGGCGGGGGUGGCUAGGUCUGGGUUCUGGACGGUGGAAUCGUAGGUGGAGGUGGCGGGAGAAGGUUGGUUGGUCGUUCGGAGGACGUCGUUGACGACGACGACAACGACGACGACGACGACGACAACGACGUUGGAGGAGGCGGUGGGUAUAACCUUGCAACCCUCUUGCGUACGUCGAGGAAGGGGAAAUGACAGGAAUCCCGGGAGAAAGAGGGAGAGGGGGAGAAUGAGAGGUAGAAAGAGGUGGUAAAGAGAGAGAGAGAGAGAGCAGUGGUGGUGGCGGAGGUGGUAGUAGUGGUGGUGGAUUGAAGGCAGUAGUCAGGGGUGCAACCGUACAGGGCGGUAGUGACGGGCGUGACGUAGUCGGUGGAGGAUGUACGCCCCUGUCGGCGAGGGUACCAGCAACCAACGAUCAGCCCUGGUCAAUCCAUGGUGGUUUCAUCCGCCAGCUGGACGUACAGUUGGGCACGAGCGCGACCAAGAAGGGAAAUACCUGUUCGAAGGUGGCAGUGACAGGGGUGGCGAAGGUCACGGGGUUGGGUCUAGGGGUGGCAUCAUGGACUCUCACCAGCAUCAAUUCUGUCUUAAGUGGAACAGUUUCGGUAGCAAUCUAGCAACAGCGUUCUCGAAUUUAUUCAAAAGCGAGAGUCUCACCGAUGUCACCCUCUUCUGCGAGGGAGUAACGUUCAAAGCUCACAGAUUGAUCCUCGCAGCAUGCAGCAAACAUUUUCAGGAGCUCUUCGAAGGAAUGCCGCCUUCUCCCGCAGGACUGAUCGUUAUUCUCGACGGGACGAGCGCUCACAAUAUGGCGUCGCUUCUCGAAUUUAUGUACCGCGGAGAAGUACACGUGUCUCAGGAAUCUCUGAGCUCUUUCCUCAAGGCAGCGGAAUGCCUUCAAGUAAAAGGUCUGUCGAUCGAGCACGAGAAACUAGCAGUGGCGCAGAGACACGCGGCUGAGAGCAAUAAUUCGUCGACGGACACCGGCGGAGAGGGUGGCGGAGGAGGCGGAGGUAACGGAGUCGGCGAAGUCGGUGCACCAGGAAGUAUCGGUGGUAGCAGCAGCGUUGGAGUCGGCGGUAGCAUCGCCGCUGGUACCGUAUCUACUACGAGCGCUGCUGGAGAUAGCGGAGCCGGUGAUAUCACCGAUCUCAGCGAGGCCGGUGAAGCUACGAUGCUGAGGAACAGUAUAAAAAGAUGCAGAGACGCAACCCCUACGCCUGCGCCGUCCCCGGCACCUGCAUACACCGUACCCAACAUGUACUCUCACUAUUUCGAAAGUCCCCCAAAGAGGUUAAUGAGAUCGCCGAGCGACAUCGACACGUUAGGCAGGGCGAGCGUGUUGCGCGACGGUGCAGCGUUCCGACCAGCCUCAGCGCCGCACCCUCUUCUUUUGGAGAACCACUUUUAUCAGCCCUUUGCCCAUCCCUCGGAAACACCGGCCCACUCGCAUACCGCGCCUCACACGCCAACGGAUCUCGAGCAGGAAUUGGAACAAGCGCGGUCGGAGGAACGGAAUAACUGUGAUAACAAGGAGAGCGUCGCGGAAGAUCUACGGAUAAAUCACGAACGUAUGUUAUUGACGGAUCGAGAGCGAGCAGAGAAAUUGGCAGAGAGAUUGUCGAGCGAGGUAUAUUCCGGGGGUAGGGGGUUCGAAGGUUACUGCUCAAAUUCGGAACAUUUACAACGCGGCGCGCAAAUGGGUUCCGCGAUGGUAUCGAUACCACCGGCACAUCCACCGACUCCAGAUCUCAGUCCCGCUCCGACUACCCCUGCCAUGUGGAAUACGAAGAUGAACAAGGCUGGUACCGUAUCGACCCCCGAGGACCUUUGCUCGACUCGUUGCAUCAUCGCGCACGUAGGCUGCACGUGGAACUCCGGUCGAUGUUGCAACUGGAGCCCUCCGUGAUAUCUCCCCGUUCUCUCACGAACCCUUUCCGUCCCUUCUCAUUCACUCUCAAGGCUCUUCCGAGCCGAGUUCUUCCAAUCGUGAACAGGAAGAAUGCCUCGAGAUGCUGCCGAGAUGCCGCUGCGAAGGAGCACUUUGCUUUGUCAUCGUGAAAACGAAAUGAAAUUCUUUUGACGAUCGUGGUGCUGCGUCUUGCGUUAUAACAUCUUCGAUUUGGAAAUUAAUCACCGGGCUGCGAUCUUAUGUGGCGACGACGACGACGACGAAGACGACAUAAAAUUUUGGCGUUAACAUUCAACGUUUACGGAUCAUUAUCGUAACUUUUCUUUCGAAACGUUUGCGCUUCGAUAAUCGAAUGACACGACGAUAUCAACAUUAUAAAAAGCAGUCUUGAGUGAACUUUCGAAACUUCCGCAUUACAAGGUUCGACGAUUUUCAAAGUCGUGAUUCGUAUUAACCACGACGAGGCGCAUCGGGAGAACUAGGAGAGGUUAGCGGCUGGCUAGUCGCGUUAAGUUGCUGCUCGAGGUGUCACAAAGAAGCGACGAGAGAGCAAAAAAGAGCAGGAGCUUGAACGAGAGAGAAAGAGAAAGGUGCCGACGAAUUUCGAAGUCGCCGGCGUGUGCAUCGUGGUAUAUAUAUUUUCGUGGCAAGGCAGUCCUUUUUUUCCUGCCACGUGUCUACGUCACAGUCUCCGCUUCGGCGACGCUCUAACGUGCAGAAAGAGAGCAACGGAGCAGCCCGUGGGUAGGACCGAUUUACGAGAGCGUUUCUGUGUGCGUAAAUCCCUGUCUUUUUCUUCGUCAUCAUCGUACGUGUCUCUACUACGUGUACGUGCACGUGUACGUGUGUAUCUGUCUAACGCCCAUCUGGGACGGUUGUGCCUUAGAGCACGAGGACUCAUCGCCGCUCGUUGGUGUCUCUCUCUCUCUCUCUCUCUCUCUUUCCCUCUCUCUCCCUCUCUCUCUCCUUCCUCGCCUUCACGGUUUGAACAAAGUCUACAAAGAGGAUGCAGGCGAGCCACGGUGCAGCCACUGGGAACAUCUUUUGCUUCGACGAGCAGAUCACCGGGCGUGACGUUUACGACGCUGCCUGGUAAAACCUAAAGCCGUGAAGUCGCCAUUAUUUUUCGCGGUUUCGUUCCAACGAUCUUCUUCGAUGGAUCGUUAGACGAGAGAGAGAGAGAGAGAGAGAGAGAGAGAGAAAAAGGAGAAGAACGAGCAUCCACGAGAAAUAAGAGAUAGAAACUUCCUUAUCGUUACACCAUCUCCUGACAUUAGCUCGCACCAGAUGAUAAAUGAGAGAUAGAGAGACCAUAACGCCGAUUAAAUCUUUGAUCGCUCGACUCAAUUUCGUGCCAAGAUGCAUAUCUCGAAUCGGCCUUUGCUUCUUAGUCGAUCUCGAUGCACGCCAUGUCGGCAUUAAAAAACAAUUUUGACCGACACGGCGUCCUUAAAUUUUCCUUUUUAAUGACUGCCAAAACGUAAUUCAGUCGUGACCUCGACUCUAUCGCGAUCGAGAGGAUCUCUCUCUCGUCGUCUUAUUUUGUUUCUUUUCAUUAAAAGUUUAGAUCAGAUUCUACAAGUUUGGAUUUUUAUCCGAGUGUACAUUAACGUCAUAACUUCUUUCAACUCGUAACUUUUCUCGACGACGACUCUUUUCUUCUUCUUUGUUCUUUUUUUCCCCCGGUUAAUUUCUAUGCGUUAGAAAACGUUAUAAAACGUUCGCAUUUGCCUGUGAAAUCUAUGUACAUAACUGUACGAGAUGUAUGGAAAGAUUCGAAGAACUAGGGAACGGUAUUUAACGUUGUAAGUGUCAAAACUCGCUAGAAGGAGGAAGAUAGAGAAACGCGAGGAAGAAAAAUCACUUCCUAUGUCUUCUCUCUUAGCAGUUCUACGAGAUACGUACAGUUAUACUGGCGUUAAAAUCUCACCUUCGUGCGGUCUUAAAAUUGCUUUUUUUUCCCUGUCAGGGCGUUCAGGCUCGAUCGUUAGAAGGAGAAAAAAAGGAAGGAGGAGGAGGAGGAGGAGACGAUGAUGAGGAAAGAGAAGAAAAAGGUGUCCUUUAAUCGUCUCUCGUUGCCUCGAAAGGUGAACGUUCUCACAUCUUCGAAUUACGAAAGAAUUUUCGAGAGCUCGUCGUUGAAUAGAACGAAUUCUUUGGAUAAUUUCUAUUUAAUAUCGUUCGUACUUCACCUCGAUAAUGAUAAUAAGGAGAAAAAAAAUAUAGAAAAAAAAAAAUAAAUAAAAAAAAAUUAAUUAAAGAUAUCCUAGAGAAAAAAUGGCGAAAGGGAAAGAAGGGUGCUUCCAACUUAAAUAUAACUUUCGUCAGACUUGAAGAUAACUUUCAUUUUUGCGGCUUUGCGGCGGAUCCAUCGAGAUAUAAUUUAUAGUGUGACGGAGAUAUGAAAGUUACGCGGCUAGGCUGUAACUCGUUAGAUCCAGUGGUAGAAAACCACAGGAAAUAACUCGAAAGUAUCCUACGGUUGGACGGUCUCGUACCAUUUUUCUUCUUCUUUGCUGCCAACUACGAUGUCUGAAACUUUCUCCUGGCCGUUCUCUAACGUCCAAGAAAGAAAUCGUCUAACGUUGAGAUCUCGUUAAUCAUAUUACUGCUUUAAACGUCUAUGAAUGAAGACACGAAAUUACCAGGUAGAAUAUAAUCGGACGAGAAGAAAAAUACGAGACAAUAGAUUUCAUAGAUUAAAAACGAUAGAUCGAAACAGGAAAUAGACGUUAUUACCUUAGAAUUUCUUUGAACAUCGAGGGUGCAAUGAAAGGGGAUGAAUGCUAUUCCCCUUUAAAAGGCACGCACGCAUGCACGUCCCGUAGCGAGUUUGAAUUAUUGAAGAAGAGAGAGAGAGAGAGAGAAAGUGCAGUUGCACUCGGCACGUGCAGGCAGGUGCACCGGCUCGAGCGACCUUCCGUUUCUUUCUUUCUUUUCUUUUUUCCUUUUUUUCCUUCUAUCCCCUACCUCUACUUUCUCAAACCUUCUUCUACUAUAACGUUCAACCCUUCUCUCCUAUCUCGCGCACGUGCCUCGUAAAAGUUUCAAUGAAGCGUGUGCGACGACUAUACACAUUGGAAACUUCCGAGUUGGAGAAGUACGCUUGCAUAUGGUCGCUCGAUUAAAAAUUAAUUCUUCCUUUCGUACUAUUAAUUCACUGUAGUCUUUUUCUCUCGAGAUUUUACCUGUACGAACAAAAAGUUUACCGUCUAUCGAUAUUCUCGAUUCAUCGACGACCGUUAUCGAGCAUUCAGAAACUUUUCUGUUCUUUUUUCUUUCUUCCAAUCGCGACGACGUUCUAUAAUAGUACACGUUGUAAUCGUUCUAUAAAAACAGCUAUCUCAUACUUUAUUCCUUCGAGCUAAUUGCAAAGAACCGAUUGCAAGCGUUUCUUUAACGUAGGAUACAGUAUUUUUCGUACGAAGAUAAUCGUUGAAGUUUUCAAAAUCAAUUCUCAUUGCGAAAACGCGAAUCCCUACGCACGUAUGUUAUAUCGUUACGUGAUCGAUCGGGGAAUCAGAAUCGUUCUUCGUUUUCUUUUCUUUUCUUUUCUUUUUUUUUUUUUCUUUUUUUUUCCCGUUCCAAAAUAUUUCGUCGUCCACGAUCACGAACUUUUUCCUUCGUAUUUCUGCCCGCACGAAUUAUCUUAUUAGGAAUCGUUUAAGCGGCACAACGCGUGUUUCUCUAUGUCGAACGAGUGCGUGUUGCGUCUAUGCGCGUUGGAUAGAGAUAGGGAGAUAGAAAAGGAGAAGGAACACACUCGAGGUUCUUAGAAUCAAUUAGAGUUCUUUCGUGUCUCUAUGUUGGCUAAGUCCUCGCCAACUUUUUCGUCCCACACCUCGUUGGCUUAACCUUCUACCAGUCGAAAAUCAUUGCACAAUGCAACACGUAAGCGCGCGAGUAAAGGUCUUUUGCUGCUUAGAUUCUGCAAUUUCGUGUAUGUCCCCGUCUCUCUAUUCUACCUAAGAACUUUCCUUUUCCAAAUCGUUUCCGUCGUAUCUCGAACGUCCUUCGUCUAUACUCCGACUUCAGAAUCUCUUUUUUCACGUCGAGAAAGAAAAAGAAAAUCGUUCGAUGAUGGAUCUUGCUUUUAACCAAUAUCUAUCGUUUUACACGGGCGACGAACGACGUGCUAAUUCUUUUGGAUUAUGAUAAUAUAUAUGUUCUAUUUCAUAAGAAACGUUUCUAUACGCGUGAUCUAUUUUUAAAUAAUAAUGCUCGUAAAAUAGACACGUUGACAGACCGAAAUAGAAUGGAAUUGUUAGAAAUUAGAUCGCGGAACUGGUGAGCGAGACAGCACGAUGCCGGUGCCGGACUCGUUAUUAUCUACUUUGUGCUACGAGCGAGCGAGCAAGAAAUACGUGCUAUUGGCGACGAAUAAAUAUCGUUUUCCCUUUGAGAGAACAAAAAAAAAGGAUAAUAAAAAAGAAAAAAGGGAAAGAAAGAAAGGGGGGUAGGUGAAGACAAAAGGGUCCGUCGAUGAAGCUGAUAAUAAAUCGUUGGAUAUUUUUCAGAAAGGAUGCGAAAGACUCUCGAUGUCUUCCAUCGAUGUGUGUCAUGGUCAGAUACAGUCAUACGGGUGUUUGGAAAUAUUAGAAAGAAUUUUGUGAACGCUAAAGCGUGUAUUGCUGCAAAUCGCACGCACGCAAUUUAUGUUACCCUAUAACGAAAAACCGAAUUUCCGAAUAUAAAGAGCGUAAAUGAAAAUCACGGAUCGUACGAAGUAACGAGCUUUUCUUUCUCUCUUUUUUUCUCAUAUUAAAUGACUGUUGCAAUUAAUUUCAUUACUUUGAUUAAUUCGUCAUAAAAAAAAAAAGAAGAAAAAAGAAUGAUUCUGUCUUGUUCAAUGGCGAUUGCGUUGAACGAAGCGAUUUAAAAAGGGCUUCGAUUUCACGUCGAUUUAAACGUGAUAUCGUAACUAAAGAGAGAAGUGUAAUUGUACAUAAUCGUGCGGUCGUCCUCUAAUUAACGAUAAAACGUGCGGAUCUUGCGCGUUCACCACAGCCGCAACGCUUUGAGAAAGAAAGAGAGAGAGAGAAAAAGAGAGAGAAAUAGAGAGGUAAUGCUUGCAAAAAAUUCCGGAGGAAAACCAAACGAUUCCGUGGGCGACUACCGGAGAGAGGAGAGUCUCUAAUUCGGGUUACUGCGAUCCUACCGCAUACUGCUACCCUCUGACCGAUCAAUACGAACCCCGGGGAUGCCUAUCGUGUCGUUUUCUCUCCUUGUCGGCACUUUCUCUCUCUCUCUCUCUCUCUCUCUCUCUCUCUCUAUCUCUCUCUGCACGCGCCUACGCAUUAAACUCGACCAACCGUGAUACUUGAUAAUUUGAAGAAAUUACAAUAAAUUUCGGUGCCUGAAAACUUGGACAGUUUCGUUCAUCAUAAAAGUAACACGAAAUUUUGUAUAAAAUGGACAAAAUAAAAGAGUCAAGAAAAAAAUAAAAGAAAAAGGAAUACGACAGUUUCGAAAAGAAAAUUUCAAAACUCUUGCGAUAUUACGCGAAGCACAAAGGUUUGUUACGACUGCACGCGUAUAACGUUCGCAGCGGUAAUACACGAAUAUCAAAGAGGGAAGAGGAGGUGGAGGAGGAGGAGGAGAAACGAAUUGAAAGCGCGAAUGAUACAAGAGAGAGAGAGAGAGAGAGAGAGAGAGAGAGAGAGAGAGAGAGAGAGAGAAAGAAAGACAGAAUGAUAGGUGACAAUCAUCUGGCUGGUUCGUGAUAGGAAAUAAUUUCUCGCUUCGUUCGUACAGACCGAUUCAUAUUAGAUCUCACGAUUUCUUUCAGUGAAAAUAAAAGCUUUGCUCGAUUUCAAGAACGCUCGAAAAA